AUGAGUGAUCUCGACCGAGCCAUCACGCAGUUGCGAGCGUGCCGACCGAUUCCCGAGGCCGAGGUCCGCGAGCUGUGCCACAAGGCGCGGGAGCUGUUGAUUGAAGAGGGCAAUGUGGUGACGGUCAAUGCGCCGGUGACAAUAUGCGGUGAUAUCCACGGACAGUUUCACGACUUGAUGGAGUUAUUCCGUGUCGGGGGUGAUGUGCCGGAUACAAAUUAUCUCUUCAUGGGCGACUUUGUCGACCGCGGCUUCUACUCGCUCGAGACCUUCCUCCUCCUCCUCUGCCUCAAGGUGCGGUACCCUGACCGCAUGACCCUUAUCCGCGGCAACCACGAGUCACGACAAAUCACGACUGUGUACGGCUUCUACGACGAAUGUUUGCGGAAAUAUGGCAGCGCAAACGUGUGGCGGUACUGCUGCGAUGUCUUUGACUACCUUGCGCUUGGCGCUAUCGUGCUAGGCGCGUCCAACACGCUACCAGAGCCAGCGCCGGACGAUGUUGAGAUAGAGGUACACAAUUCGGAUGGUCAGGUUAUUUCGCGAUUCCUACGCCAGAAGGAUCUAGACCGCGGGCGCAUCAACUCGACGGCCACGUCCGGUUCGGCAUCCGCUGCAAACGGUCAACACCCCAUCACCAACGGUGUUUCUUCUUCCCCGACCUCCUCCCCUUCUGCCAGCAGUAACAAGAACACGAACAACAACAACCCCUCCGACCCAACCUCCACAACAGCCCUCACGGGGCCCCCAGGCUCCAGCGCAUCCUCCUCCUCCGGCGGCUCCCUCGGCAACCCCGCGGGCGCGGUGCUCUGCGUACACGGCGGCCUCUCCCCGCUCAUCGAUAAGGUCGAUAAGAUCCGCCUCCUCGACCGCAAGCAAGAGGUGCCUCAUGAGGGCGCCAUGUGCGAUCUGCUCUGGUCCGACCCAGACGAGAUAGACGGUUGGGGUCUGUCGCCGCGGGGCGCGGGGUUCCUGUUCGGCGCGGAUAUUGUCCGCACGUUCAACCACCGCAACGACCUCAGCCUUAUUGCGCGCGCGCACCAGCUGGUCAUGGAAGGCUUCAAGGAGAUGUUUGAUGCUAGCAUUGUGACGGUGUGGUCGGCGCCGAAUUAUUGUUAUCGCUGUGGGAAUGUGGCGGCGUUGUUGGAGUUGUCGGAGGAUGAGUCUGGGUUGGGGGUGUUGGCGAGGAGUAAUGGGGAUAUGGGCAGGAGUCUGGGGGAUGGUGGGAGCAGUAGCGGUCUUGGUGGGAGUAGCAGCAGUGGGAAUUGGUCGGGUGGUGUGGUCGAUACCAGUGAGUUGCCGAUUCGGCCGGGGCCGGCGAGGCGGUAUCGUGUGUUCCAGGCCGCGCCGCAGGACUCGAGGGGGAUGCCGGCGAAGAAACCGGUGGCGGACUACUUUUUGUGA